AGCUCCUCUUCCGGCCCUCAAAAGCAAAGCAGGAACCGAGAGAGAGAGAGAGAGCGAGAGAGAGAGAGAGACCUAAACCCCCUCCCCGUCGUGCUCCCAUCGGAUCAUACAUUGCUGAAAUAAUUUCGCUAAGCGCCUCGGAAUUUUCCCUAAUUCCCCAUCAUACUCCCACCGCCGUCUCCUCUCUCCUAAUUCGCUUUUUUUUCUCUCCCUCAUCUUUGCUUCCGGGAGCUCGCCGAUCCCCGAUCGGAACCCUAACCCUAGCAUCCCCCGCAAUGUCGCCCGCCUCCGACCAGUCCUCCUGCAACCACCUCUCCCCCUGCUCCGCCCACCCCGCCCCCCGCGGCGGCGGUGACGGGGGUCUCUCCGCCCCCUGGGCCCAAGUCGUCCGCGGCGAGCCCGAGGCCGUCCCGGCCGCCUCCCCCUCGCCGCCGCGUCCCGCCUCGAUCUCCCCCCCGGCGCCCGCCGAUCGCUCCCCGCCUUACGCGGAGGACGCGGCCUCGUCGUCCAUGCCGCCGCCGCCGUCGUCCGUGCCGCCGCCGUCCGAGAGCCCGGACCAGGGGAGCAACGGCAAUGUCGCCGCCCGAGGGAAGAAGCCGGCUUGGAACAUGCCGUCCAAUGGCUUCAAUGAAGCAGGCCACGUCAUGGGGGCCGACUCCUGGCCCCCUCUCUCCGAGUCUGCCAGGGCUUCUUCUAAAUUAUCGUCGUCGGAUUCUCUGAAGGCGCUCUCAGAUGGAUCAGUCUCUGCUCCUCCGAAGCCAAAUUCCAAUCACCCAAACCCUAAUUCUUCUCUGAACCAUGCGGCCCCUGUCCGCCAGAAAUCCAUUCCGAAUUCUAAGUCCAUGAGGCGUGGUGGUGGAGGCGGCGGCAGUAGCAGUGGUGCAUCAACCAAUGGUGGAUCGCCACCACCUUUAUCACCACCGGCUUCAGCCGAGACAGCUCAGAUCAUCCCUGACAAACAGUCUGGCCCAGAGCCUUCCGCCACCGUCCAUCCCAACGGGAGCAAUAGCAAUUGGCAUCAUGGUUUGAGGAGCAACGGGUUCACACCAAAGCAGCAUGGUUCAGGGGAUCACCAUGGCGGCUACGGUGGCAAUCGCAGGGGCAACAGUGGUGGUGGUCGGUCCCAUCAUGGAGCCUAUCGGAGCUGGAGGGAUCACGAGCGGGGUGGCUAUGAUUGGAAUCCUCUUAGAGGUUUUAGUGGGAGAGAUGCUCACAUGCUGCUUCCGCCACAACAGCAUCGGGGUCAUCCCCGGCCAUUCCCCAGGCAACCUCCACCUUCUCCAGCACCGUUUGUAAGCCCUCCUCCACAUGUCCGGCCUUUCUUAAGCCCCAUGGGCUUUGCUGAAAUUCCUGCUCCUGUAUAUUACAUCCCAGCCCACCCACCACUUGAAUCGCUCAGAAACAUGCCUUUUGUUGCUCAUCAAGUACCACAUGCAAUACCACCUACAAUGUUUGUUAAUGGAGCUGAUCAUCAGCGUGCUUUGCUUUUGAAGCAGAUAGAAUACUAUUUCAGUUCUGAUAACUUGUGUAAAGACAUAUACUUGAGGCAGAGGAUGGAUGGCCAGGGCUGGGUGCAUAUCUCAUUGAUUGCUGGCUUUAAUCGAGUCAAGCAAUUGACAAACAACAUACCAUAUAUAUUAGAUACGAUACGAGGUUCAGAUAUAGUGGAAGUACAGGGCGAGAACAUAAGGCGGCGUAAUGAUUGGGUGAAUUGGAUACUGCCAUCACGACCGAAUCAAUAUAGUACUUCUUCCAGGCCUUCCUCUCCAGCUACAUCAAACUAUGAUUCUUUGGCAGCUGGUAUGCAUAAUGUUGGACUAGGGGAGAGGGCUGCUAACCCCGAUAAUACGAGGGGCCAAACUUGGGCGGAGGAAGUUCUUAGUAGAUCAGCAUCUGGGCAUCAGAAUGAUCUGUCGCAUGUUGGAGAACCAAAUGGAAAGGGGAAUGGGCAAGGAACUGGCCACACAGAAUCAGAUUGAUCUUAGUCUGUGUGAAGCUAAGAGGCCACAUUCAAGGCCAUUUUCAUGAUGCGCUGGAUUUUGCAGGAAACAGUUGCUAGUGGGGAAUUAAUGAGUGACACUCUGGGUCCUUUAUAAAGUGAGGUCCUUGCCUUUCUUGGCUUGGAAUGUUGGUCUCCCUAACAGGAUAGCAAAUAAAAAGCAAAAAAAAAAGGGGAAAAGAAAAUUAAAAAAAUAAAUUAAAGGACAAAUGAAACGGCGUAGCUGGAUAGAGCUUCCACUGAGUUGUAUAGUUUGGUUUGGCUUUGGUGAAUAGUGAUUUUUAGUGGUGAUAUAUCCGGUAUGCUUGGUCCCUUGGGGAUGUUCCUGAACAAUCCCAGCCUUUUUUGGUCGCAUACCACCAUUUUUUUGGGGAUUACAGAAUUGAGCUCUCAUGUUCCCAGAGUUGGAUUAUGAGGGAUGGAAGUGAUAUAAAUUCUUAUAUGCCUUCUCUUGAGCGACUUAUAUCACAUCUAUAUACCUUUUCUUCAAUUUUAAUUGAAGAUUGUUAGUUCAUAAAAUUCCUUGAUUGUUUGGAUAAAUACUUUUGCAUAUAUUAGGUCCAGACUCAAUUUUUUGAACUUUAAUGGUCUGAAUUGUGUGAUUUAUUUAGUUUGCUGGUGGGACUUGAAUAAUCCACCAAGCACUGUGGAUUCCCAAAGUAAGUUGUUUGAUUCCAGGAACCUUGAUAUUUUAUUGAAACUGAAUGCACAGUACUUUUUUGCUAGUGAAA